AAGCGGAAGAGAGGAAGACGACACCCAAACAAAACGCCUGCUUGACGUAGUUUGAUUUAAUUUUUUUUAAAAAUCAUUAAAAAUGUUGAAAGAGUGGGUGAAUGAGCGAUUAAUGGUCGCAGCUGAUGAAAUAGUCGCGCUGUUUGAACGAACGAUAGCGUCGUACGAGAGGGAACUUUCUCGAACAAGAGAGAAGGCGCGACUUGGUGAUCCGCAAGACCGUCAAAUUGUGCUAAACAUUGAAGACGUCCGGCAGCUGACUGAUCGUCAAGAAAAAUAUCCCCCUCAACUGCAGGGGGGGAUUUCUAGUUUCCAUGGAGAGGAUCCACAGCCCACCCUGUUUAAAGAAGAAGAGGUGGAAGAGUGUCAUCUACGCCUGGAGGAGGCUGAUCUCACCAAGUUUCCACUGACUGUUGUCUCUGUGAAGACUGAAGACCAUGAAGACAAACCACCUGAGUCCUCACAGCUGCAUUAUAAUUCAGGUGAGGAGAAUAGAGGGGUGCAGCCUCCAAGUCGCCGCUCAACACGACACAUGACAACAGAUGCUGGUGGAGGAUCACAAGCAGCUCCACUAUCAGAUGGUGACAAUACAACGUCACACUCUCCUGAGAAUGAAGACUGGGACGACGCACAAGACCCUUUGAGCAGCCAUACAGGCUGUGGAGACCUUCUUUCUGGCCACCCCUUGCUCGGCACGCUGCAUCAACCAGUGGGCCAAAGCACGCCUUACCCAAACAAACAAUGUAAUCAAGAGGAGAUGGUUUACGUCCUGCUGAAGGAAGAUGACGAUACUGCUGCAAAUGAUUUUCUGCUUACAAAACCACAGAUGUUAAAGGCCUCUGAAUUCAAUGUUGUCAGCAGGGGAAUCUUAUGUGCUGGCAUAGAUUCUGCACCAAACUCUUCUGGUGGAAUUUACACAGAAGGGGAUCGCAGUCAGAUUCAGUCAGUAAACUCACUUGCAACAAUAAGUAAUAACAUGGAAGUGGCAUCCAGAGCUAAUCAAAUGUUGUCAGAAUUUGGGAUUGUGAGUCCCACAACCUUCACAGAACAGUUGGCAGCGCCAGAGGUUCCAACUCCGCACUGGUUAUUAGGUGAAACGCAAGGAAAUAACAAAGCUUAUGUGUACAGCAGUGUUCCCCUUCCAGAAGAACAGCUAGAUGAGCCAUCACUGCUGAGAAAACAACUGGAUGAGGGACAAAAUGAAUCUGGCCUGACUACAGAGAAGACCCUUGUUAAAAUUGAAGGGGCAGUAAACAAAAACAGAAAAGAAAGACAACAGUCCGGUGAAAAAGUAAAAUGCCUGCAAAAUACAAAUAAAAAAACAAGUGGUUUACCAUCCAAUAAUGGUGCAGAACACGAGGGGGACACAUCUUCGCAUGGAAUCUCAAAAGUGUGUCUGAGGUCAAGUACGUCUCAAGAUACGACCACAAAAAGUACAUUCCCACCUGGGAGUCGUGGGAAGUGUAUCUCCACUCAGGGAAAAGCCAGCUCAAAAAAACCAAAUUGCCCACACCAGGAUCGGUCUGGCAAUAACAAGACUGAAUCUUUAAGGACGAGAUUCACUAGAGAUGCUGCUAAUUCCAACAAGCCCGUAUCUGAAAAGUCUUGCAGGGAAUCUCUCGGAAGUACCAACUUUUCUGGAGACGAGCAGUCUUCUAAACAGUUUACAAGGCAAUCCAAUUCAUUAUCGGGCAAUACUGGUCUCCCGAGUUCUCCGUGGGCCGACUUGCUUGAACAUGGCCUCAGUUCAAGUAAGAGCGGAGAAACGAUUGCUAAAAGAACCAGGCUGAAUAAAAGCGGUAUUAUUUCGGGACCAGUGAAAUUACAGAUGGUCCAGAAAUUAGCUAAAGCAGCAAAAACCAAGACUGUUGCAAAACUAGACAAAUCCAAGCAAACCAAAUUAAAGAACACAGAUAGAGGGAGCAAGCAAGAUGCCAGCGAUGAGACUGGAAACAAAUGUAUACCUCAAGCUGUUUGGACUGUGCCAGCCAGGGAAGCUACCUCGUUACGGUCCCCAAGAUCUCAGAGUCACGCUGACGCUUCUCCCCCAGGUCUUUCUGUCAAAACACCGCCUAUCGUACCACCACCGGAGCCUCCAUCCGUCAUUGGUGACCGUCUGCUCAAGAACCAGUGUGGGCAAUGCGGUCGUGUUCUCAGCAGCUCUGCUGGCCUCGAGAGCCACAUGAACCUCCAUACAGGUCACAGACCAUUCCCUUGCACUCUCUGUAGGAAGAGCUUUACCGACGCCGGCGGUCUGAAACGGCACGGCAGAGUGCACAGCAACGGUCGGAGCCAUAUCUGCCAGCAAUGCGGGAAGGAUUUCGUCUACAAGUAUGGCCUCACCAAACAUGUCCAGGUGGUACACACCAAAAAUAAAUCAUUUGUCUGUCAGGUCUGCAACAAGGCAUUCUUCACAAAGUUAGACGUGGACGCCCACGUACGUAUCCACACGGGGGAGAAACCAUUCCAUUGCCACUUAUGUGAAAAAAGGUUUGUCAAGAAGGUGGAGCUGAACCUGCAUCUGAGGUGGCAUAAUGGAGAGAAAAGACAUUGGUGUCCAUUUUGUGGGAAAGGAUUUUUUGACUACAAUAACUGGAAAAGGCACAAGUAUAUCCACACGGGAGAGAAACCAAAGUCUUGUCCACACUGCCCCCAACACUUUACACAGUCAGGCCACUUGAAAAAGCAUAUUAGAAAUGUACAUAAGAUUCAAUAAGAAGGUAUGUUCUACCCUGCGGUUAGAUGGCGACUUGUCCAAGGUGUACCCUGCCUGAGAUAGGCUCCAGCACCCCCCGUGACCCCGAAAGGGACAAGCGGUAGAAAAUGGAUGGUUGAAUGGGUAUAUUUGACCUUUUUUUUCAUUUAGAAUGUGUUUGUGACACAUAACUAAAGGCUUAGUUGGCCACAUGCGUGGACAGCACCUUUUAGAUCGUAUUUCCAAAAUUGUGUACACUACUGAAUUGGGGUCUUAUGGCCACUUAUGUGGACACUUAUACUUUAUUUUGAUUUAGAAAGAAGUUGUUUUAAAAAAGAAUAAUACAACCUAUCAUUUUGGGUUAUUUAAUUUUUUAUUUUUCAUAAACUGCACUCUUAUUCCGUGUUGGCUAAUUUUUGGCCUAUUACUAAUUUUGCUGGUGCUGGUGCCUCUGGGGUUCCACAGGGUUCCAUUUUAGUAUACCUCCCUCAACCCAACUACUCCUACUAUGACUUUUUAACAUCAAAACUUGGAAGAUUAUUUUUACUUUUAAUGGAAUAAAGAUCCAGCGGGUCCUGUGAGUCUCCCCCCCAUUGACUCAGGAUUUGGAAUUGUAUCCAAGCCCAAAAACGGCAUUCAGGGAGAGAGGUGAAGCAGAGCAACAAUAACCAACAAUAUUAAAAAAUAUAUACAGUGGGGCAAAAAAGUAUUUAGUCAGCCACCGAUUGUGCAAGUUCUCCCACUUAAAAUGAUGACAGAGGUCUGUAAUUUUCAUCAUAGGUACACUUCAACUGUGAGAGACAGAAUGUGGAAAAAAAUCCAGGAAUUCACAUUGUAGGAUUUUUAAAGAAUUUAUUUGUAAAUUAUGGUGGGAAAUAAGUAUUUGGUCACUUCAAACAAGGAAGAUCUCUGGCUCUCACAGACCUGUAACUUCUUCUUUAAGAAGCUCUUCUGUCUUCCACUCGUUACCCGUAUUAAUGGCACCUAUUUGAACUCAUUAUCUGUAUAAAAGACACCUGUCCACAGCCUCAAACAGUCAGACUCCAAACUCCACUAUGGCCAAGACCAAAGAGCUGUCGAAGGACACCAGGAAAAUAAUUGUAGACCUGCACCAGACUGUGAAGAGUGAAUCUACAAUAGGCAAGCAGCUUGGUGUGAAAAAAUCAACUGUGGGAGCAAUUAUCAGAAAAUGGAAGACAUACAAGACCACUGAUAAUCUCCCUCGAUCUGGGGCUCCACGCAAGAUCUCAUCCCGUGGGGUCAAAAUGAUCAUGAGAACGGUGAGCAAAAAUCCCAGAACCACACGGGGGGACCUGGUGAAUGACCUGCAGAGAGCUGGGACCAAAGUACCAAAGGUUACCAUCAGUAACACACUAUGCCGACAGGGAAUCAAAUCCUGCAGGGCCAGAUGUGUCCCCCUGCUUAAGCCAGUGCAUGUCUGAAAUUUGCCAGAGAGCACAUGGAUGAUACAGCAGAGGAUUGGGAGAAUGUCAUGUGGUCAGAUGAAACCAAAAUAGAACUUUUUGGUAUAAACUCAACUCGUCGUGUUUGGAGGAAGAAGAAUACUGAGUUGCAUCCCAAGAACACCAUACCUACUGUGAAGCAUGGGGGUGGAAACAUCAUGCUUUGGGGCUGUUUUUCUGCUAAGGGGACAGGACGACUGAUCCGUGUUAAGGAAAGAAUGAAUGGGGCCAUGUAUCGUGAGAUUUUGAGCCAAAACCUCCUUCCAUCAGUGAGAGCUUUGAAGAUGAAACGUGGCUGGGUCUUCCAGCAUGACAAUGAUCCCAAACACACCGCCCGGGCAACGAAGGAGUGGCUCCGUAAGAAGCAUUUGAAAGUCCCGGAGUGGCCUAGCCAGUCUCCAGACCUCAACCCCACAGAAAAUCUGUGGAGGGAGUUGAAAGUCUGUGUUGCUCGGCGACAGCCCCAAAACAUCACUGCUCUCGAGAAGAUCUGCAUGGAGGAAUGGGCCAAAAUACCAGCGACUGUGUGUGCAAACCUGGUAAAGACCUAUAGUAAUCGUUUGACCUCUGUUAUUGCCAACAAAGGUUAUAUUACAAAGUAUUGAGUUGAAUUUUUGUUAUCGACCAAAUACUUAUUUUCCACCAUAAUUUACAAAUAAAUUCUUUAAAAAAAGUGUACCUAUGAUGAAAAUUACAGACCUCUGUCAUCAUUUUAAGUGGGAGAACUUGCACAAUUGCUGGCUGACUAAAUACUUUUUUGCCCCACUGUAUAUAUUUUUGUCCUUUGAAUUGUUAUAAAUGUAUUUUUUUAUGCUUCCAAUUUGUGUUUUUAUUUUCUUGAGUUAAAAACUGCUGAAUUGAACUUUACUUAAUAAAAUACUGGACAAACACCUGACAUGACUUAGUGGAUGGCUCUUACGUUAUAUUUGCCGAAACAUUUACUAAACACUUGGCUUUUUACAGCAUUUGGUCAUUUAUUUUGCUUUAGAGUGAUAAAGUUAUUGUUAAUCUAACACUUCAUAGCCGCAGAUGUCAAGAAGGUGCGUCGUGUCCCUUCCUCACAAUCAAAGCUUCAUGACAAAGGAUAAAUAUUUUGUAGUUUUCUUAAAAAAAAAAAUUAAGAUAUUUUAAACCUAACACAAAUUGUGAAAGUGAACUAUAAUAUGUAUUGUAUUGCUCUCCUCUUAAUGAAGCCCUAUAGAUACAAUGAUAAGACCACAAUAACUUAGUUUAAAACAUUUCAAUCAUGAACUUCACUGGAUAUGGGAUAAUAAUACAUGUUGAACUAUACUCAAAAUGUUUAUUUGCCCAUCUCAGGCAAAUAGUGUUAAUUACAAGAUUUGUAAUUUAAAGAUGGGUGCAUUUUUCCUGAUUUAUGUUACCAAAACGUGUGAGACAUCUAAAUUGCAUAUUUUAAGUUUUUUGUUUUCUGCUCCAGCAAAUGUGAGAAGGGGUUUUGUUACAAAUGAAUAUAAUGUAUAUUUUUGACAACAACAAAAAAAUCCAUGUAUACAAACACAGUGUGUACUUAAAAAAAAAAAGUUUUUUAUAUAUUUUGCCAUUUUUACAUAAAGAGAGCAAUCCAAAAGGUAACUACAUUUUUUCAUUA